CAUAUGGCACCAGUUUCAUUACCCCCAGGUUUCAGGUUCCAUCCAACUGAUGAAGAACUUGUUGCUUAUUACCUCAAAAGGAAGAUCAAUGGCCGUAAGAUUGAGUUGGAGAUCAUUGCUGAAGUUGAUCUCUACAAGUGUGAACCAUGGGACUUGCCAGGGAAGUCAUUGUUACCGGGGAAGGAUUUGGAGUGGUAUUUCUUUAGUCCUCGAGAUAGGAAGUAUCCAAAUGGGUCAAGAACGAACCGUGCAACAAAAUCUGGGUAUUGGAAGGCGACAGGGAAGGACAGAAAAGUAAAUUCACAAUGUCGUGCUGUGGGUAUGAAGAAAACCCUAGUUUACUAUCGUGGAAGGGCACCUCAUGGCUCUCGCACUGAUUGGGUUAUGCAUGAAUAUCGUCUUGAUGAUAGAGAAUGUGAAAAUGCUUCUUCUGGCUUGCAGGAUGCAUAUGCACUUUGUCGUGUGUUCAAGAAGAGUGCAGUGAUAACCCCUAAAGUUGAUGAGGAACAUCAUCAUCACCAUCACUAUGUUAAUGCUAAUAAUCACACUAAUAGCAGCCAUGUUUUGCCAAUUACAAGUGAUCAAUCGUCAAGUAUGGAGUUAUAUUCUGAAGGAAGGGGUGAAGAUUUGGAUAAUAGCUCUAAUUAUUUGGUUCCCAUUGAUAAUACUUCCACACUACCCCUCAACAACAUGGUGAUGAACAAUAAUAAUAGUGAUGCUUCUUUCAAUAGUAGGGAUAAUAAUGGGAAAUGGUCACAAUUUAUUUCAGAAGAUCCAUUGUUCAGCUUUCCAACUUCCUCCUCAUCAUUUGCUAAUAGUUAUGGAUCUAUAACAUACCCUCCAUCCAAGGUGGAUAUAGCACUAGAGUGUGCAAGGAUGCAACAUAGGUUCACCAUGCCUCCAUUGGAGGUAGAGGACUUCCCUCAUGUUGGAACCUCGGAGCUGAAAAUGACAGAUAUAGCCUCGGGUGCCGCCUCCGCCGUGCACGGAAGCCGAAACGAAACCGAUAUCUUGCAGGAAAUUCUUUCGGUUGCUCAUGCUUCCCAGGAGUUGAUAAACCACUCCAGCUACUCAUCAUCAUGGGGUGGUGAUGGUGGUGGCAACCAUGAAAAUUGUGCAGCUCAUGGAGAUGAUUUCACUUUCAUGGUUGGUAGCACUAACUACAAUAAUAAUAAUUUGAAUGACAUUAACUCCAUGAGAUAUGUUGAUAGAAAUUGGGAAGAUCCAAACACUUCAAGAUCCAUUGAUAUUGGAUAUUUGGAUGAAGAAUUUAAGGGAGAGAGGAUGGUAGAGAAUUUAAGAUGGGUUGGAAUGUCUACAAAAGAUUUAGAAAAGAACUUCACGGAAGAGCAAAAGAUUGUUCCAAUAGAGGAUAUAUCAAGCUUCCAGACAAAUAAUAAAGAAGAAAAUGAGGUGCAAGAAUCUGAGCAACACCAUAGCAACAAGGAACUAUUGAUCAAUGAUUUCUCAUUAGGGUUCAACCCUAAUAACAACAACAGCGAGAACUUUCUAGAUGAUGAUCAUAACAACAUGGAUAAUGAUGAUUACUCAAGUUCUCCAAGCUUUGAAGUCAUUGAGGAAAUAAGGGUCAGCCAUGGAUCAAUGUUUGUUUCGACUCGCCGCGUCGCCGACACAUUCUUCCACCAAAUAGUUCCUUCACAAACCGUCCAGGUUCACCUCCUCAAUCCAGUGAUAACAAGCAAUGAUGAAGAAGAGACAUUGAUGAUGAUAAUGGAGAGGAAUCAAGGGUAUUUCGGGGAUUUUCUUUUCAGGACAAUAGCAACUGCGUUUGUGUUCAUCUUUGAACUUCUAUUCAUGCAUUGUGAUUAUUUGAAGGAAGAAGUGGAAUUGGUGAAGAGAAAGAGAUCAUCACAAUCAUCAUCUAAGAUCAUGAAAUGGAACAACAAUAAUAAUAAGGUUUGGUUUGUUGGUUUCAAGAGUAGUGAGAAGGGCUUUGGUGCAAUUUUGAAGAAAAUAGGGAUUUUUCUCACAAUAUCUUUGGCUCUUUGUACCAUGUGGGCUAACCAUGUUAUAGUUAACCCUUGAUUUCUUCCUCCUAGUUUCGUUUAUUUUUGUCUCUACCUUAUGAAAU